CUGACUGCUAGAUGUUCAAAUGAUUGUUUUUCGUGAUUUUUAUGACUAAAAUAAUAAUAAUUCAUAGUUUAAGCAAUACUUACUAUCAUAAUUCGUAACAAAACGUUAGUUGAUUUUAAUAUAAAAUAUAGUACAACAAUGGACUUCAUCAAAACUGAAGGAAAUGAAAAAACACUUCGUCAGAAAUGUUAUUUACGUAAACUUCGCCUAUCUUUAAAAUACCGACCUGAUUUAUUGAAAAAAAUUUUGAAAAUGAGACUUUGUAUUAGAAAGAAAAAUCUUUUGUUAGCCAAUAUGAAGCAGCAAUUAAAAAUUAUGAUGAUGAAAUAUAUGGAAAAAGAAGUUGCAGAUCAAAUUACACAGACUGACUGUGAACACAUGUUCUUGAACCAACAUGUAAGCACUCAAACAGAUAACGACACAUCUAAUGAAAAUGAAGGCCCAAAUAAUAAUGAUGAUUGCAAACAUACCAAAACAAGUGAUAGUGUUGAUGAAAAAACUAAAGAUUUAGGAUGGGACAUUGGUAAAGAUGAUACCAAAGCUAUAAGUAUAGCUGAUCAAGUGAAGGAAGUUGCUCAAAGUGCUCUACAACAAACUGGGAUGGUGUAUGUUGAAUCCGCUGGCAUGUAUUAUGAUUAUAAAACUGGCUAUUAUUACAAUUCCGAACUGGGACUGUACUAUCACCCUGAUACUCAGUGUUACUAUUAUUAUUCUGAUGAGAAACAAACUUUUGUGUUUCACUCUUACCCAGACAGGAGUCAAGAAGUUGCAAAUGCAGGGUUGAUUGCUCAUGAGAAAAAGAAAAAAGCUAAAAAACACAAAAAGGAUUGGAGAACAGACGACAGCAUUGAUAACCUGACGAAAAACUUAUCUCAGGAAAAAGCAGACGGACCUGAAGAUACUACCAAGUCCAAGAGGAGAAAAAUACAAAAAAAGAAAUUGGAUGACAAAUUUAUUAGUGAUGAACAUAAAAAUGCUAAUGGAAUGGAGAAUAAAAAUGAAACAAAUGAAAUAGACGUAAAUAUACCAGAUAAAAUAGAAUCAAAAGAAAAUGAGACAGUGGAACAAGUGACAGAAAGAAAACUAAAAGAUGCAGUUUUAGCAUCAGAUAAAACUGUUGUUGAAGAUAAUGAUCUAGAAGAUGGUGAAUGUAGUGAAACAGAAAGUGAACAUUCAGAUGUUGAAACAGAAGAUACACAUGAUAGCACAUCGACAGCAAGUGAUGAUGAUGCGGUUGCAAAACAUCACCCGCCGUGCAUGCGAGUAAUUGUGAAGGAUACGACCUUGCCUAAACUGAAAGUGGGCUCCUUGUUCUUGGUCACUAAAGACGGGGGUUCAAUAGGCCGCGAGGGGGAACAUCACUGUAUCGUUCUCAGGGAUGAAAAUGUCUCUCGAAAUCAUCUCAACAUAACGUAUGAUAUGAUGAAAAGAAGUUACGUAGCCAUGGAUCUGGGAUCCAAGAAUGGGACGAUCCUUAAUGGUACUCGAAUGUCGGAGAGUCAAACUGUUAGCAAAUCAACAGAAAUUAUACACGGAAGUACUUUAGAAAUAGGCGAGACGAAGUUGCUUUGUCAUAUCCACCCGGGGACGGAUACGUGCGGCCAUUGCGAACCAGGGCUGCUUAUGGAGAUCUCCGAAGAGAAGAAAGCAGCGUACACCAGGACUUGCAGUGUACAGAAGCAGCAUCAGUUAGAACUCGCUCGAUUGAAGAAUAAAUACGCACCUAAACCCCUGGCCAUAGAGGCUACGGCAUACAACGACAGAGCGCAGGCACGCAGAGAAAAAGUCGGCAGUUCACACCACUCUCAGAAGACGCAGAGCAGCGACUUGGACACAUUCAUAGCUCCAGAGAACAAAGGCUUCAAGUUGUUAGAGAAGAUGGGCUGGUCCAAGGGCGAAGGUCUUGGGAAGGACAAUCAAGGGGAUACUGAACCGGUGAGUUUCUAAAAUUCAAGUAUAUACACGAAUAUUAUUUCAUAACAGUUACAAACUUCUCUAAAGAAAAGAGGUGAGAGUCGUAUGUAAGAGAUUAGUCAGCUUCGCAGAAAUAAAAAAAAAAUAGUAAAUUUUUAAAUAUCUUAUUUCGAUUGUCCGACAAAUUUUCGUAAUGAUCGAUUUAAUAAGACAAGUCAAGAUUUUUAUGGUAAUCAUAGGUAUUCUUAUUUGCAUUACUUCUGUUAAAUAUUCAAAGGCGCUGUGUAGCAUGUAACGUCAUCUGGAGAUGGGCUUGUAGAGAUGAUGACAAACUUUUUUUUUCGUCUAUCAGGUAGAUUAUCAUGAAGUAACACGGAUACGUAUUUUUUCUUUAUUUACAUAAUCACAAUAUUAAAUAUAUAUUUUGAUAUAAAAUGUCGCAUGACGUCAUAUCUUGGUACAAUUUUUACUUAAAAGUGACGUCACGCCUAAAUUUUGACGCGCUUUAUCUUCGUAAUUUUUGUCCAUUAUUUUUUUGGUAAUUUAACUGAUUUAAUAGAAUUUCUUUUACUUUACUCCGUCAUGAGCCAUAUUAAUUAUGAUUGUUAUCCAACAAGGCUGAUGAUGAUCCAACAUCAUAUUUUUUUUUAUUCUGUUCUGAUACUAAAAAUGACCCGGAUUUACGAGUUCUAAUAGCUGCAGAUGCAGACGGACCAACGGUGUGACGUAAUUUCCGAAUUGAAGCAAGGCGAAGCUCGAGGAACCGAAAUUAUGGUCACCCAUCCCAUGAAUCACAUUGCAAUAUUUGUUAAUUUCCACAACCGAAUCAAGUUUAAUAAAAUAAAAAGAAAUUUUAUGACUAAACAGAGAAAAUCAUUUUAAAUCUAAGUAGGUACCUACUGUACUUUACUAACAACAUUCAGGAUACAUAUAUUUUUAUUACGAUGGCGUGGGCGAAAAGUUUCAUUUUGAUGGCAGGUUUUGUUCUCCAUUACCGAGACCCUAAAAAGAGUUUAAAACUUUUUAAAGCAAUAACAGGCUGUCUGUAGGUCAGGCGGGCGCGGCCCUACCUGCCAUUUAAAACAAUUUACCCGCUGUUAUUUUUUUUAUUUUACUGGCUUUUUUAUGAUUACGUUUCGUUUCACAUUAGAGCAGACGCGUGAUGACCUGCCAUUAGGCUCUGCUCAACCGGUGACGUUUAGGAUACAGACUGUAUGUUUUUUUUUGCUGUUUUGCAAAUCGUUAAGCUUUGUAAUUACAUGUACAAAUUCAUACUGAGAACAUCAGUUUUACCUAAAUUUUAGCUAAGCUAUAUUUAAGCCAUCAUAAACUUUAGUGGUUUAGAGCAAAAGUAACAUGAGUCUGGUGUGCAAUGACACUUGAUACAUAACACCGACGAAUAAGUUUGAUAAAUAUUCCUUAUUAUUUAACUUGACCAAUUACUGAAUGAAUGAACAUAGACACUCAAAGUACCUUUUAAAAUACUAGAAAGCGAAACCUCACAUAUUUCUUAACUGUUCUGAUCUGAACCUCGAUAUAUAUAACGAUAUCAUAAAAAAAAAUUUGGCGACUCGGUCGUAUUCGUAUUGCCGUUGAAGUUGUUAUUGCCUGCGUAAUAGACUUUAAUAAAAGUACAAUUCAAAUCAUCUGAAUGAAUAAUUAAUUAAGACACCAUUGUGCUGCAUUCGUAUUAUAGUGUUUGAUCGCGGGUCCCUAGUUUGUACGACUAAAAUUACCGUGUUUCGUGUAUUCGCAUUUAGGCUAAGUUCAGAUGGUCGCGCAACAACGCGCGUACAUGCUAACGUGCGUAAAGAGUUUCUAAAUAAUUACAUAGGUCUGUUCAGUGCCCUUAGCACGAACCAAUAUCGAA